UAGGCAGUGUGACUGGAAGGUCCCCCUUGAGCUUGGUAGUUGCCAUGGAGACCAGCUCUGUCCGGCCUGCGGCCUGUGCUACAAACCAGUGUGAUCACACAAGCUCUGUGUGCGCCAAGAGGACUCUGCUUGGGUGUUGUGCCCACAACCUUUCUGCUGUAUUUUGGCCAUUUUUUGGGCGGUGAGUGCUUAGGAGAAGACUAUCUUUCUAUGCACCUGGCAGCCCCUGUGGCUUCUUCCAUGCCACUGUAACACAAGAUCAUGGCAAAUAAAAAGAUGGAAAUAGUCUCCCCUUUGGAAGCUGUGCAAAUCUGUGCUGUGCUGGAGGACUGUCUUGAUCAGCUUGCUAUUCUUGGAUAUAUUAUGCCAGUCUCCUAUGAGGGCAGGACAGACAUCAGCAAUAUUGAUGCCCAAGAAAUUAAUGAAAUCAUCAAGAGCCAGAAGGAGCUGGGGGCUAAAUAUGAACAACUUAUGUCAGCGAGGUCAGAGAACAGGCCAACAGUUCCCUCCGAAUCACUGAAAUUCACAGAACUGGGGCAGCAGCUGCAGGAGACAAGUGGAGAUCUAAAAAGGGCCAAUCAUCUUUUCAGUAGGGCUGAAAAGCAGAGUGCUGUGUCCUCAGAUAACCUCAGAAAAGUUCAGUCUGAUAGGCAGUAUGCGUGUGAAGUGAUUGCAGAAACUUUGCAGGAGAUGCAGACUUCAGGAACGUUUCAAAGCCUGCUGCAAGCUGUGCAGAGAGAGGAAGAGAGGAAGUCUAACUUCCACACUGUCAUCAUCAGGGAGCAGGAAGGAAGAAAGGCAAUAAAAUCCCUCCAAAAACAACUGCAAGAUGUCAAGAAAGAAAAAGACCUAGAACUUCAGAACCGGAAUGAGAUGAUUGCGUACCUCAAAGACCAGCUUCAAGAGAUGAAGGCCAAGACAGACAUGGAGAGCCGCUAUGUGAAGAAAGACACAGAGCUCCAGGUCUACCAGACCCAGAAAAAGUGCAGCAGUGCAGAAAGUGAGCUGUUUGUAGAAAUUGAGAAGCUGAGGGUCAAAACCGACGAGGAGACUCGAGUCCACGUGGAGAUUGAAAAUUUCCUCAGGCAACAACAGACGAAGUUGGAAGAGAAGUUAGAAUACUGGAUGGAGAAGUACGAGAAGGACACGGAAGCUAAACAGCAGGAACUGAACGCUCUGAAAGCAUCAAAGGCAAAUGAUUUAGCAGCACUGCAGGAACUAGCCAAGAAGGUAUGAGAUCAGAUGUGGGUGACAGGAGUCAGUGAACUG